AUGAUCCGGGCCUUCUCGUUCCCGGUGAGCCCGGAGCGGGGCCGGUUGCGGGGUUGGUUGGAGGGGAGCCUGGCCGGGCUGUGCGAGUUGCACUGGCUCCGAGAGAGGCAGGAGUACCGCGUGCAGCAGGCGCUGCGGCUGGCCCAGCCCGGAGUGGGGGGCGCCGAGGCCGAGGACGAGGAGGACGCCGACGAGGACGAAGAUGCGGCGGCCGCGCGCCGGGCCGCCGCGGCCCUGGAGGAGCAGCUGGAGGCGUUGCCUGGGCUUAUCUGGGAUCUGGGCCAGCAACUGGGAGACCUAAGCCUGGAGUCUGGGGGCCUGGACCAGGAGAGUGGGCGUAGCUCCGGAUUCUAUGAAGACCCCAGUUCCACAGGAGGCCCAGACUCCCCACCCUCCACCUUCUGCGGAGACAGUGGCUUCUCUGGAUCUGGCUCCUAUGGACGCCUGGGCCCCUCAGACCCCCGGGGCAUCUAUGCCAGCGAGAGGCCCAAGUCCCUCGGCGACGCCAGUCCCAGCGCGCCGGAGCCGGUGAUCGCCCGGGCCGCGGUGCCCCGUUCCUUCUCGGCUCCCUACCCGGCGGCGGCGGGCGUGGCCGAGGUGUGCUCGUCGUCGUCGGCGGAGCGGCGCGCGCGCGCGGGCCCCUUCCUGACGCCGAGCCCGCUGCACGCGGUGGCCCUGCGCAGCCCCCGGCCCGGCGCCCGCGCCGCGGGCCCGAGCUCGUGCGCCGACGCCGACGCCGCCGACGCGGCCGGGCGGCCCCUGGACGGCUACAUCUCGGCGCUCCUGCGCAGGCGCCGCCGCCGGGGGGCGGGUCAGCCCCGGACGAGCCCCGGGGGCGCGGACGGGGGCGCGGCGCGGCGCCAGAACAGCGUGCGCCAGCGGCCCCCCGACGCGUCCCCGCCCCCCGGGGGCGCGCGACCCGCGCGGGAACCCUCGGUGGAGCGCGCCGGGGGCCGCGCCACCAGCCCGGCGACGGCGGCGGUGCUGGCGCGCGCCUGGUCCGCGCCGUGGGACGCGGACGUGUCCCCGGAGCCCUCCGCGUCGCCCGCCGCCGCCGCCGCGUCGCCGCCCGACAGCCCCGCCGAGGGCCGCCUGGUGAAGGCGCAGUACAUCCCCGGCGCGCAGGCCGCCACGCGGGGCCUCCCGGGCCGCGCCGCGCGCCGCAAGGCGCCGCCGCUCACCCGCGGCCGCAGCGUGGAGCAGUCCCCGCCCCGCGAGCGCCCGCGCGCCUCGGCCCGCCGCGGACGCCUGGCCGACGCCGCGGGCCGUCGGGGCUCGCCGCGCGCGCGCAAGGCCGCCCGCUCGCAGUCGGAGACCAGCCUGCUGGGCCGCGCCUCGGCCGCCGUGCCGCCCAAGUACCCCACGGCGGAGCGCGACGAGCCCAGGCCCCCCCGGCCUCGCCGCGUGCCCGCGCCCACCCUCGCGGCCCAAGCCGCCGCCGCCGCCGCCGCCGGGGCCGGGGCCUGCCGCCGCUGGCGCUCCACGGCCGAGAUCGACGCAGCCGAAGGUCGCCGGGCCCGGCCGCGGGCGCCCGCCGCCGCCGCCUCGCGGGGUCCCGGGCCCUCCCCGUCCGCCCCGCAGCGCCGGCUGCUCUACGGCUGCGCGGGCAGCGACUCCGAGUGCUCGGCCGUCGGGCGCCCCGGGCCGCUCGGUCGCCGCGCGCCCCCCGGGGUCGGGGGCGGCGGCUACGGGGAGAGCGAGUCGAGCGCCAGCGACGGCGAGUCUCCGGCCUUCAGCUCCGCCUCCAGCGACUCGGACGGCAGCGGGGGCCUGGUGUGGCCGCAGCAGCUGGUGGCCGCCUCCUCGGGGCCCGGGGGCGGCGCGGGCGCGGGGACCCCUGCGGGUCCAGCCAAGGUCUUCGUGAAGAUCAAAGCGUCCCACGCGCUGAAGAAAAAGAUUCUCCGUUUCCGUUCUGGUUCCCUCAAGGUCAUGACGACUGUGUGAGUUUCGGGGUGGGGGUGGGGGGGUUGGGAUAAGGCUUGAGCUCCACUUUUCAUGGCCUCUGCACCUGCACACCUCUCUUCCCUCCUCUCGGAUCGCUGACCCCUUUCCACACCCACCUUCCAAAGACCACCGCCGUCUUAUCUACUUCCAAAGACCCCUCCACUCCUGCCAUCCGUAGCAGUCCAGGUCGGAAACCUUCCCCCCAGCCCCCCAUGGGGAGGAGGAGGAGCUGUGAUUGGCCCCCAGGUUCCCUGGGCUUCCAAGGCCUUGGACAAAAGAGUUCCCCCCUCCCCCUUCUGUGGGCUUCCCUUUCUUCAUCUGUAACAAUGGGUGUUCGUGGAUGCACAGGGGGUCCCCUCCCUGCCAAUAUUCCCCGUUUUAAUUCAGUCCGGUGUCUGCUUCCUCUUCAGUCACAGAGCCUUCGCAUUCCUCCUUUCUGUGCCCAGAUAAUGGCCCCUUCUCAUUCACAAAGUGCCCCCCCUCCAUGUCCCUGGACCCUUAGGAGAUCCCUUGGCACCAGAGGCCCUGACUCAGGUGGUGCCAGCAGAGUGCCCUGGCAAGGGAAGGAGCACCGACUUGGGGUUUUUUUGAGGGCUAAAGUAGGACUUGACCACACCUGGAAAGGACUCUCUCACCUCUAUCCCUGGACAGUUUACAGAGGAUUGGGAGGUCAAAGAGGGGGAAGGAAGAUGGUUUCUAUCUCGUGCCUCACCCCACAGGAAGUGGGGGAAGCUGGAUGACCCUCACUGUUCCAAUUUAAUAUUUGUUGGUUUUCUUUUUUAAACAAAAAAAAAAUUCCUGUAUUUAUUAUGACGAUGGUGACUCCCCGGUGCACAGGGGGGCCGGAUUCUGUGUGUUUCUCUAACCUCUUUGUAAAUAAAUGCACAGUGUUACAUACGCAA